GUGUUAUCUAUACGAAUUAAAUGGUUUAAACUACGGUAUUAGAAGAUAACCGUGGUUAAAACCAAGUUACUCAAUUUGAGAAUUGAUUAAACCAUAAAACUGAUAAUUGAUAAUAAAAUAUUAAAAUCCAAUCAUAAAGCAUACGUAUCUGUGGUAUAAGACGUCUAAUCGCCAUGUCCUCGACAGCUCGCAACAAUAACACUGUUCUUGUUCAUUAUUAAAAAGAAAAAAAAACUAGUAAAACUGUAUAAUCCUAUAUUUACGUACAAAAAUAAAAAUUAUAUAAACGUUUAUUUAUAAGUUAAUGAACUCGUUUUUUUUCUACGACAAGUAUUAGUGAUUACCGAAACUAUCAAUAUACUACUACCUAGAUAAUGUUUUGACCAAUUGGAAAAUGUAAGUAUCUCUACAAAAACAUAAUGUAACCAUUACUCUAUCUAUUUGUAACAUUUUAAUGGUAACGACUGUUUGCCUCGCUUGGUAUUUAUUAAUUAGUUAAUCUCAAACUCCUCAUAGUCAUUGGAGUCUUUUAAAAAUUACCUAUUGGACUACCAACGUUUGUCUUUGUUUUAUUUGGAAUUUUUACCCUUGGAUUUUAGGUUUUAUCGCCUUGAAACAACACAUGCAUUCAACAAGGCUGAUUAAUUGUGCUGCUGUUGAUCAAUGGGAAACUGUUUUUCGUGUUUGCGCUCUAAGAGUACCACUAGACCUGUGUCAAAUUUAAGCGACGACGACGAAGACGAACAUUUAAACAAUGCCCUCGACAAAAGAUUAGAAGGUGAAAUACUAAAUUAAAGAAUAUAUGUUUUAAUAAUAAUAAUGGCUCUUAGAAAGAAAAUCUUUCAACUUAUAUUAUUAUCUGAUUAUUACUUAACCUAUGUUUUAUUUGUUUUACCCGAGAAAUUAUUUUCACGUCAAUAUGGUGUAUUGUGUAGUUUUGAACUAUAUAUAUUUUCAAAAUAUAAAAUACCUAGGUAUACUAAUAAGUAUACCUACUUGAUUUUAAUAAAUUGUAUGGACAUCUGUGUUCCUUAAUUCAUGAUUUAUCAACCGGAUUGAUAUAUCUACUAAUAGAGUACCUUUUUACUAAACGGAAUUUUGUUCUUUUAUAUAUCAUCCAAUUCUAUUUGGAUACAUCCAAAAAAUCCUCAGAUUAAUUAAGGAGCAUAAGAGACCUUGUCUGUUUCAUUUUAGAUCUAUAAGUCAUUUAUAGUUCAUGCAUUGAAGAAGUGAUUUUUUUUAAAUUUUCUAAGUGGUUAUCAUAAUAAUUAGGAAAAAAUAUAUAGGAUUAAUGAACAAAUAUGUACGGUGUUAAAAAUUUCAUGAUUUAAAAUUUGUAUGUUUAUUAAAAAUCUUGUUGCAAAUUUCAAAUUUCUUAUCUGAAAAAAAAUUAUUUUCUAUAUAUAAAGAGUGUGGUUUAUGGUUUUCAUUUUUAGAUUAUGUUAUAAUUGGAAAAAACCGCAGGGAAAAUAGAAAAGUUUAUGGCAUUAACAGUUUCAUAUUUUUUUUUGUAAUUCUAUUAAAAAUAAAAUAAUAGAAUCAAAUGUUUAUAAAAUACAUUAUAAUGUAUCGCUUUUUUUUGUUUCAUCAACCACAAGUCUGUUCAUGUUCGGUUUUAUUUGUCUCACUUUUUUUUUUAUUCAUCUUGUGAUAGUUGGUAUUCCUUAAUAAUUCAAAGCAAAUUGAAUUAGAAUAAUCUUGUAAUGUGAAAUUCCAUUUAAAUUAUUGUGAGGAAAUAGGCUAUUCCGUAACUAAAAUAGAAGAGAACGAAUGUUUAUUGUUUUGUUUGUUAUUGAAUAUUAUUAAUAAAACAGUUGGUAAACCUUGUUUUUUUUUUUAAUAUACAAAUGUAGUGUUUUUUUCGUAGCGAUUUAAGUUUUUGAUGAAAAUCUUAAAAAUCAGCAAUUCAAAAGAUGUUUAUCUGAACUUCAUUCUGAAUCUUAUUUCGUUAACAAUAAUUUAUUGUUGAGUUAGGAUAUUAAUUAACAUUAUGAAUCCUAUACCUUUUCAUUUUUUUUUUUUCAACUUUGAGUGUCUGAUAACAAUAAUUAAUAACAAUUAUUAUGGUGUUUUCCUAAAUUUAAAAUAAUUUAAAAAUCUGCAUAACUUUGGUUAAAAAUGCAUUUAAUUUUAAAAUAAAAACUUCCUAGCAUACUCUAUAAAAUGAAAGUACAUAUAUUUACACAUAACUUUUUAUACUUUAAAAUAUUGAGUUGAUGUAAAAAAAUAGUAAUUAAUUAAAAAAUUAUAAUUUGUCAAUUAAUAGGUAUUGGAUCAAAUGAUAUGAGACCUCCUUUAAUGUCUAACGGAUCUCGAAGUAUUACUGUCACGGGAUCAGUUGGUAGUGAUAAUUGUGGUAGUGUGCGUUCUACGUUUACUUGUAAUCGCUUGACGUCUACAUUGAGCAAGACUAAUAUGAUGCGACUAAAUAAUUUUGCUGCCAAAAGUUUUCAAACCAAGGUUCAAAAACUGUUUGAUACAUACAAAGAUGCUGUCGAAGACUUGAUAGUGAUUGACGGCAUAGAAAGACUGUGUAGUGAUUUACAGAUGUCGCCCGAAGAAUUUCGUAUCCUUAUACUAGCAUGGAAAUGUGAUGCUCAUCAGAUGUGUCGUUUCACACGUCCAGAAUUUACUAACGGUUGUAAUGCACUGCAGGCAGAUUCUGUGUCUUCAAUGAAAAAUAAAUUAUCCGAUGUAGCUAAUGAGCUCAAAGACAACAUUGAGGAGUUUAAAAGCUUAUACAGGUAAUAGCUUAAAUACAUUUUUAAAUACCAUUAUAUAUUUAUUUUUAUUUUUUAUAAAAUAUUUAUUACUUUCAGGUUUACUUUUAAAUUUGGAUUGGACAACGCUGUUGGACAACGUAUUCUUCCAGUUGAUACGGCCAUCGUAUUAUGGAAACUAAUUUUUAAUGGUCGUGAACCAGCGAUACUACAACGUUGGUUGAACUUCUUGGAAAGCCAAGAUAAUAUAAGAGGUAUUCCUAAAGAUACUUGGAACAUGUUUUAUAAUUUUGCUGAAUCUGUAUCCAAUGGUGAUCUUUCUAACUAUGAUGACACAGAAGCCUGGCCAAGUGUUUUUGACGAUUUUGUUGAAUAUGAAAAUGACCAAGCUAAUCAAAAUAUUAGCGACAAAGGAACUGGAAAAAAACUCGGCGAUGUACUUUAAAAUAAUAUAAAAGACAACAACUUUUUUUUUCUAAUGUUAAAUUUAAACAUUAUGUUUCCAAACAAUUGUUUUGUAAUUACCUGGAAAUCACGGUUAAAUCGUUAUGAUAGCCCGUCCAAAGUAUAUCUCAUGGCUUUUAUAACAGUGAUUAUAAAUUUAAAACAAAUUCAGAACUUUAUUUAUUAUAGCUUUACUAUUUAAAUUUCCAUUAGUAUACAGAUCAAAAUCGUACAGUUCAUAAUUUUCACAAUGCCACUCUCUAUAUUUGUUUACUUAUACAUUUUUUAAUCUUUGCAUUCAAAUUAUUAUGACAAAUACUAUUUAUAGUGAUUUCUAUUGUGUUCAAAAUAUUAUAUGAACUUUCUUCUCAGUCCUACUAAAUGAAACAAAAUUGGUUCCUUUGAGCAAUCCAAACACUAUUAUUUUUCUAAAUACUUUGGGAAAUUUAGCGUCAGGUUAAAAGUCCUCAAUUUUGGGUACUGAAAAUAAUUGUUUUGUAAAAGACUGACUGAAGUUGUUAGUCAACAAAAACCUGUGAUACUAUUUCACGCUUGAUCAAUGAUAACUGAUAAGCGUAUAAUUCUUGUUAAUAUUGUGUGAUUUUUAUUUCUUCGCUGUAGUUAAGAAUUUUUACUAAAAAAAAAAAAAAACAAAUUUUUGUAUAAACAUAUAUUAUGAUAUUACUAUUACAAAAUCAAUUUUAUUCUUUAAUAAAUGCAUUAAUGUACCUAUAAACCAAUAUUAUUUAUUUAAAUUUUGUUUGGGGUCUUGUUAUUUAAAUUAAAAGAAAAAAUAUUUAUACAAUUUAAUUAGUUUACUUAUUUCCACUCAGUUGUUGAUUGGUUUUUCUAUCCGUAAUAUUUUGUUCUCUCCUUAUAAUGGCAUAUUAAUAUGUCAGAAAUUAUUUUUAAUUAUCUACGUACUUUAUCUAUCUGUUAUGACACAACAUUAAAUAUUUGUUUAAUAAUAAUCAUUUAUUGAAAAGAAACAUAUACCAUGGCAAGAUUACAUUAUCCAAAUGAAUACAUUAACAAUAAUACUAUUUGUGUAUUAGUAUAGUAAUUUAAUUAAAAUAAAGAUCAACGAAUAUCAAGAUUCGUAAAUAUUGUGUAAUUAGUAAUGUAACUUGGUUGUUAGUAUGUAAUUCAUAUACAUUUAAAGAUAAUUAUAGCCCCUUAAAUUCAAAUAAAUAAUACAGUAGAUACUAUUUAUAAUGACACUGGUUGUAGUGACUUAUCUGGUGUAUUGACCUUAGAUUGCAGGUCCCAGCAAAACUCCUAAGUUGUAUGUACUAAUUUUUAUUAAUUAUUAAAACAUCUGUAUAUUUGCUUUACGGAUUUUACGAUGAUUAUCUUUAAGUUUUAUUAGAAAAAUCUCUUAUCCAUACUAAUUAUAUUAAGUUGUAUUUAAAUUUAAAAUAAUAAAACAAAUUUUUUUAUUUUAUUUUUUUCUGUAUGUAUUGAAAUCCCU